UUCUUGCAUUUCGCAUCAGACUAAGUCACAAAGACAAGCCUUUUCAACAAAGUAAAUCUUGCUUUCUUAUUCCUUCUUUGUUAGAAUUUCAACUCGAAAAUCAUAGCCAUGGGUGCCAUCACUUACGAUAUUGAGAUUCCUUCCUCAAUCCCAGCCGCCAAGAUGUUUAAGGCCGUUGUCCUCGAUGCAGACACCCUUAUUCCUAAGAUCAUGCCCCAGGCUAUUAAAAACGUCGAAAUCUUAGAAGGAGACGGUGGUGUGGGAACCGUCAAGAUCAUCCAUUUUGGUGAGGGUAGCCAGUAUAAGAGCACCAAGCACCGUGUUGAUGCUAUUGACACAGAGAAUUUGACACACAGCUACACCAUUGUCGAUGGUGAUGCUCUGGCGGGAGUUCUUGAAUCCAUCACAUAUCAUGUGAAGAUUGUGGCGACAGAAGAUGGAGGAUGCAUCUGCAAGAACAGGAGCAUUUACCACACCAAGGGCGACGUUGAGAUCACUGAAGAGAAGAUCAAGGAAGGAAAGGAGAAGGCAAUGCAGAUGUUCAAGGCCAUUGAGGCUUACCUUCAUGCCAAUUCUGAUGCCUAAAGCUAAUUACAAGCCUUGUUUGCAUUGCUAUUACUUGUGAUUUUUUGUUCUUUCAAGUUUGUAUGAUGAUGCAAUUUCCUUACUAAAGGUUUUCUUUGGAAUCUGUUCGAUCACAUUAUCAAAACGUUUGAUAUAUACAUUCCAUUU